CACUCGGUCAAUCGACAACCAGACAGAGAGAGGAAAAGAUUACCCUGAGAGACACCAUACACACUGCUCAGAGCCACACAAGUGAAGACCAGCCAAAGAGCAAACCAAGGCUCAUCUUUCAGAGAAGGCAGACGCAGACAAACCUCUAGAGGUGCAGAUACCCCUCAACAGUACUAUCACUGCAAGAUACAGGCAGACGCUGGGGCAAAGAUGCAGGUGUGCACAGUGCUAGAGAAGCGUGCAGGCCACGUGGUCAGAGCCGAUCUGAGCUGCAGCAUGAAGGAGGAGAACGUCUCCCAGAGAGAGAGCUACACAGCUGCUUGGCACAGCCUCAAAAUGCGAACACAGCACGAGGACCACCAGUCGAUGGUGAUGUCAGACGAUUCUCGGCGGGAGACCCUGUCCCACUACUGGCAGGCUCGUCCUCUCUUCCACUCAUGCCCAUCAGGAGUGCUCAGGGUGGGCACAAUGGAGUCAGGUGUCCGUGAGCAUCAGCUCCUACCCUGCAGGAACACGCUUCCCCUGCCCAUCUUCAAGCCCAGUGAGCUGGGUGUCCGGCUGGGCCGUGGUGCCCCCCAUACUCUGGAAGACCUGCCCCCCGCACGCGCCCCAGAUGGACUCUGUCUGGGUAAGAGGGACGUGCAGGAGCUCACACGUGACCUCCCUCCGGUUAAGCCCCUACGCAUGGAGUUUGCCAAAGCACCCAAAACGCUGGGCAGAUCCAUGUCCCAGGAGGCGCAGAGAGGAUGAAGAGAGAGAGAGAUGGACAGCAGGAAAGGAGAAGGGCAGGAGGGUAAGAAGGGUGAAAAGUCAAAGAAUGUGUGGGCAUUUCUGAGUUGCGAAAGUGAAAGUUUGAGGACGAAAAGGAUCUUAGAAUGCAAGCAUAGAUAGAAUAUGCACACAGUAGGAGUGUUGAACUUCUGUGUUACCCGCGCCUCCCUACUUAUGCCUGAGAAAUUGCAGACACUGAUGUUGUUAAUGCUCAAUAAUUGUUCAAGUGAUGUUGUAUAGAUGAUCCAAGCUGUAAAUAGUAUUUUGCUAAAGCUGUUUUGUAAUAAAUCUUUGAAGAAUACUAUAUUGAAAGAUGAAGGUGAGAGUAGCGUUCAGGUAUAUCAACCAUCCUGCAGGAGUAAACCUGUUCACAGUGCUUAGAGAAGAUGCAAUUCUAAAAUAAAUGUUAAAUGAAUGUUAAAUUGCACAACUUAUCAGCUGUUGAUUUCUGCUGCAUCACUGCCUAUUAUUCAAACAUGUCCAGCAGGACUAAGCAGUUGAGACAGAUAGUGGCUUUUCACUGUUUAUGAGCUCUUAGGUGAGCACUGUUUUGUUCAAUAAAAUUAAUUUAAAACCCAC